GGUUUUUAAGGUGGUGCAUGGAAAAGGAAGCGGUCUAAUCUAUGCAGACACAUUGCAAAUUCUCUCCUAGAUAUAGACUUAAAAAAUCGGGCGGGGAUUCAAGCAGUUUGGAUAUUUUAAUUUUAUUUUAAUUUUAUUUUCUUUUUUGAGAGGGAAUUUUAUCCUGCGCCUUUUUUUUUCGGAGAACCAAAAAAUGUCAACUACAUUUCCAGGACUAGUCCACGAAGCAGAGAUACGUCAUGACGGAUCAAACAGCUACCGUUUGAUGCAGCUUGGAUGUCUGGAGUCUGUGGCCAACUCAACUGUCGCCUAUUCCUCCUCUUCGCCUCUAACUUACUCCACCACCGGCACUGAGUUUGCUUCCCCGUAUUUCUCCACUAAUCACCAGUACACCCCACUUCAUCACCAAUCCUUCCACUACGAGUUCCAACACAGCCACCCGGCCGUCAACCCUGACGCGUACUCCUUGAAUUCUCUCCACCACUCGCAGCAAUACUACCAGCAGAUCCACCAUGGGGAACCCACCGAUUUUAUUAACCUGCACAACGCCCGGGCUCUCAAAUCCUCUUGCUUGGACGAGCAGAGGCGAGAGCUGGGGUGCUUAGAUGCUUACCGGCGCCACGACUUGUCUCUUAUGAGCCAUGGAUCCCAAUAUGGGAUGCACCCCGAUCAAAGACUCCUGCCAGGACCAAGCCUCGGUCUUGCAUCCUCGGGAGCAGACGAUUUGCAGGGGUCGGUGGAGGCCCAAUGUGGGCUAGUACUGAACAGCCAAGGUGGGGUGAUAAGGAGAGGUGGCACCUGUGUUGUUAACCCCACAGACCUUUUUUGCUCUGUACCUGGACGCUUAUCUCUACUCAGCUCCACUUCUAAAUACAAAGUGACCAUUGCGGAGGUGAAGAGGCGCCUCUCUCCACCUGAAUGCCUCAAUGCUUCACUCUUGGGAGGUAUUUUGAGAAGAGCAAAAUCCAAGAAUGGGGGACGCUGUCUGCGAGAAAAAUUGGACAGAUUGGGACUGAAUUUGCCUGCAGGAAGAAGGAAAGCAGCAAAUGUCACCCUUCUGACUUCCUUGGUUGAAGGGGAAGCCUUACAUUUGGCCAGGGAUUUUGGGUACACUUGCGAAACAGAGUUCCCAGCCAAGGCAGUGGGAGAACAUCUUGCCAGACAGCAUAUGGAACAGAAAGAACAGACAGCAAGGAAAAAGAUGAUCCUAGCAACAAAACAAAUAUGUAAAGAAUUCCAGGACCUAUUGAGUCAAGACAGAUCGCCCCUCGGAUCCUCAAGACCAACUCCAAUAUUAGACCUCGAUAUCCAGAGACAUUUAACACACUUCAGUUUGAUCACUCACGGCUUUGGAACGCCUGCAAUAUGUGCUGCCCUCAGCACUUUCCAAACUGUUCUCAGUGAAAUGCUGAACUACUUGGAAAAACACACGUCGCACAAAAACGGAGGAGCAGCAGAAUCCGGCCAAGGACACGCCAACUCGGAAAAAGCCCCCCUGCGGAAAACUUCAGAGGCUGCUGUGAAAGAGGGCAAAACAGAAAAGACAGACUAGCUACAUCAAACAGAAUCUAUUUCCAGAGAGUCUUGCUGCUGAUAUUUUUUUUCUUUUUUUAAAUAUAUAUAUAAAUAUAUAUCGUUGCGGGUGAUUUAUCUCCAGUGGACCAAAAAAACAAAACAAAACAAAAAAAAAAGGUGGGGGAAGGUGAAAAAAGGAAAAGAUAAGAAAAAAAAAACACCCUGAGAAAAAGCAGUGUACAGUAAUUGUGUGAUGAAAUUGUCACUUUUUUAUUUCUGUUGCGCUAAACAAUUUUUUUGUGCACGUAGUGUUUGAUCGUUCCCAAUGAUACACUAACACGGUUUUUUAUAAGCACUUCCAGACUCAGAUAAGAUGGCAUGUCUGAUUUCUCAGGGGCUAACCUGAAGCACUUUCUUAUCCAGCAGCAUAGGUAGGGAUGGGAACGCACCAGUGUCAUGGGAUACACAGAUUUGUCAUCAUAAUGUAAAACCGAUGAACCUGGGUCAUCAGCAGGUGGGAUUGAACCUGGGCCCUUCAGAACUAAAGCCAUGUGCCUCUACAGCAUGAGCGAAAAGGCUAGUCAUCUCUAUGCCUCUGGGUCACA